CGUCGAGGCUGCGCAGUGACGUAGCGCGCAGCUGGGCCGAGUGCUGUGGCGGCGCGCGCGGGAUGGAACAGCCGCUGGCGGCGAGCGCGGGGCGCGUCCGCUCCGCUGGUCUUUUUCCUCUACGAAGAAACUUUAUUGCCAAGAUUAACUCUGGAAGUGACCUAUGCUACUGACUGCAGAUGUCUGCAAGUGUAGAAGUUAAUUUGUGUCUCAUUCCCUCCCUGACUUUCCUGUUUCCUGUGGAAUUUAUACUUCAAAGUAUUUUGAAAAUCAGACCUCUGUUGAAGACAUUUGGAUUAAUACUGUGAGCAUAUCUAUGCAAAGAGAUAAGCUAGCCUGAGCGAUUUCAAGAUUCUGUUCCUGCUGAAUCUGUGGUGUGAGAAGAGACAGCAAGGGUAGCAGAGAUGGCAUCGUUCAGCUGACUUCCUUCUUGACUUCUUGUUUUGUUCAGUGGAGGGACUGCUGUAUGUCAGCCAUGCUAAAGGGCAAGUGAUGGAGCUCUGAACCGUGUGCUCCAGCAGAUCAGAGUGCCACCUAAAAUGAAGAGAGGGACAAGCCUGCACAGCAGGUGGGGCAAGGCAGAUGCCCCAAAAGGAAGCCCGCAGAUCAACAGGAGGUCUGCCCAAGAUACUCAAUCAGGUCGGCCCAGAUCAUCAUCUACUACAGAUGCUCCCACGAACUUGUCUGUGAUGGAGAUUGCUUCUUCUAUCUAUGUAGGUGGAGAGGAGGCCGCAGCAGCAAUUGAGCGGUUGGACGUGAGCAGCUUAGCGCAGACCUCUAGUGCCGUGGCCUCAAGCACUGAUGGGAGCAUCAAUGUAGACUCUGUUGAUGGGACCCCAGAUCCUCAGCGUACAAAAGUGGCUAUUACACACCUGCAGCAGAAGAUACUGAAGUUGACCGAGCAGAUCAAAAUUGAACAAACAGCCCGUGAUGACAAUGUGGCAGAGUACCUGAAACUGGCCAAUAAUGCAGACAAGCAACAAAGCGCCCGCAUUAAGCAGGUGUUUGAGAAGAAAAAUCAAAAGUCAGCUCAGACCAUCUUGCAGCUGCAGAAGAAAUUAGAACAUUACCAUCGAAAGCUGCGAGAGAUUGAGCAGAAUGGGAUCCCUCGGCAGCCAAAGGAUGUCUUCAGGGAUAUGCAUCAGGGUUUGAAAGAUGUUGGAGCAAAAGUCACUGGCUUCAGUGAGGGAGUAGUAGACAGUGUGAAAGGUGGGCUUUCCAGUUUCUCCCAGGCCACCCAUUCAGCAGCAGGAGCUGUGGUUUCCAAACCCCGGGAGAUUGCCUCCCUCAUAAGGAACAAGUUUGGGAGUGCAGACAACAUUGCUAAUCUGAAAGACUCCUUAGAAGAAGGCCAAGAAGAUGGGACAGGAGGCAAGGCUUUAGGUGUUAUUCAGAACUUUCAGUCAAGCCCAAAAUAUGGCAGUGAGGAGGAUUGCUCCAGUGCCACAUCAGGUUCUGUGGGAGCCAACAGCACAACAGGGGGCCCUGUGGGAGCUUCUAGCUCCAAAACAAACACUCUGGAUAUGCAGAGCUCAGGGUUUGAUGCAAUACUGCAUGAGAUUCAAGAAAUUCGAGAGACACAGGCAAGACUGGAAGAAUCAUUUGAGGACCUUAAGGUUCGCUAUCAGAGGGACUACUCACUAAUAAUGCAGACACUGCAGGAGGAGCGGUACAGAUGUGAAAGACUCGAAGAGCAGCUAAAUGACCUGACUGAGCUCCAUCAGAAUGAGAUCCUCAAUUUAAAACAGGAGCUGGCCAGCAUGGAGGAGAAAAUUGCCUAUCAGUCUUAUGAGCGAGCCCGGGAUAUCCAGGAGGCACUGGAAGCGUGCCAGACCCGUAUCUCCAAGAUGGAGCUGCAGCAGCAGCAGCAGCAAGUGGUGCAGCUGGAGGGGCUGGAGAAUGCCACGGCCAGGAAUCUGCUGGGGAAGUUCAUCAACAUCCUCCUGGCCGUCAUGGCCGUCCUCCUCGUCUUUGUCUCCACUGUGGCCAACUGUGUCGUGCCCCUCAUGAAGACUCGCAAUAGGACGUUCAGCACUUUAUUGAUAGUGGUUUUCAUUGCCUUUUUGUGGAAGCACUGGGAUGCCAUCACCGGCUACUUGGAACGGUUCUUCUCUUCCCCCAGAUGAUGGUGGCAGGAAUCGGCUGCAUCGCGUCCCCAGCGCUCUUGGUGAGCUCACGUGGCAAAGAUUAAUCAGCAACUACUGCGCUGAAGUUUUAAAGUGUCCGAGUGAAUUUGUUUACAUUUAGAAUAACGUUUUUUCUCUGCAAGACGCAUUGCAAUAGUAUUUUUUAGAUUUUAUUCCGAAACUUUUUGGCGAGAAUCCUGGAUAAUUUUUAUGUAGCAUGGUUCUCUUUGGAUGCAAAUCUUAAGAUUCUUUAAAGUGUACAAAAGAAAUAAAUAAAAUACAGAAAUUUGGAGCAUA